UCAUCGCGUCCUUCCAGUCGCAUUUCUCUCGUAUCCCAGCUCUCAAGCAAACACCUACCCACAGUCACUCUUUACCCAACCACCCACGCUCACUAUGUUCGCCCGUGCCGCCGCUUUCUCCCUCCUUGCCCUCCCUAUCUUUGCGGCCGCUUCCCCUGUCCGCCGCGGCAACUGCAACACUGGAUCUGUCCAGUGCUGCAACUCUCUUGAGAGCUCCGACAACAACGCUGUUUCGCUCCUCCUGGGGCUCUUAGGCGUGACGCUCCAGGGUAUCACUGGUUCCGUCGGGCUUCAGUGCUCGCCCCUCCAAGUUGUUGGUCUUGGCAGUGGGAGCGCGUGCUCUCAGCAGCCCGUCUGCUGCCAAAACAACAAUGUCGGUGGUCUGAUCUCCAUCGGCUGUGUCCCGAUCGAACUUUAGGUUUGGGGUUGGAUUUUGCCGGGAUUGGAUCGUCUUGGAAUAGGGAUUUAGGCUACAGUAAUGCGAACCUAAUAUUACGCCAUUGGCAUUUGAACUCCAUCGUGUAUUGCCUCACCGGUGGUGAGUUAAUCGAGCUA